AUGUACUUCAGCCCUAGCAUUGCUGCAGCUGGCUUCUUGGCUGUUGUCAUGGCCACUGCGUCCCCCUUGUCUUUCGCGGCUGAGACGAGACAAACAACCUGUGCUCCUAUCCAUCUAUUCGUUGCGCGUGGGACCACAGAGUCUCCUGGGGACGGCUCUAUAGGGUCUCUAGCGCAACUAGUCAUUAACGCACACUCAGGAGCCACUCAAGAGGCAAUUAAUUACCCGGCAAGCUCAUAUCCUACAUACAUAGAUGAUGUGUCCACGGGAAUCACAGCGGUCACCAAUCAGUUCACAAAAUACACCAGCUCAUGUCCCAAUUCGACUCUCGUGCUUAUAGGUUAUUCGCAAGGCGCGCAAAUUAUCUUAGACGCUCUUUGUGGCUCUGGAAGCGCGACAAAGGGUGGCACUGGUAGUCCAACCAUCACUGCAUCACAAGGAAAGAACAUUGCAGCCGUGGUCGGAUAUGGUGAUCCCGGCCAUGUUGCAGGCGAGUCAUGGAAUGAGGGAACAGCGACCACGAACGGGAUAUACGCUCGGCCGAAAGGAGCCUGCAAUGCCUGGGCUAAUGUCAUCCAUUCCUACUGCAACACCGGGGACCCUUUCUGCGCAAGCGGCAAUAACAUUAUGGUCCACCUGCAGUACCCUCAGACAUACAACACACAGGCUUCUCAGUGGAUCGGCCAGCAGCUUAGCUCUCAUGCAGCAUAAACCUGGAAAAGGGUAAACAUUGCAUCCAAGGUGCAGGUAUAGCGGAAAAUAUCUCGAUUCCACAUUCAAGUCCGGUGGAGUGAGAUGAAAAGGAAAAGGAAAGGGGGAGAGGGAGG